GUAGUUCUGUCUAUUUUAUUUUAUCAAAUUUAUAGUAUUAAAAUGCAUAUAGUUUAUUAUUAAGAUUAUUUUUUAUGCACAGAGAGGUAGGAUACAAAAAGUGGGUUGAUUGCGCGGAGUGGCGUCGUCGUGUUCUGCCGCCAAUUAUUCUGUGAAAAGAAAAUUCGGAUCUUUUUUGACGACUGCAGUUUUGUGUAACCUCUUUCACACUCAAUCAUUAAUGGAGAAGAACAAUCAAGCCUCCUCCUCAUUCACCAACGAUCUCUUCGGCUCCACGGAUUCAUAUCCAAAUUCUGCCGCCAAUGGGAUUUUCUCGUCUAUUUUCGCAGCACCAUCCGCGGUUGCAGAAAGGAACCACUCCACUUCUGAAUCCAAUGCAAACGAGCACAAGCUACAGCUUGGGUAUACCGAAGUCCGCGGUGAUGUGAUUAAGGGCAAGGAAGAUGAGAGCAAUUGCAUUUCUAGCAAAGAGAUGAACUCUAUCUUUCAGGAAAGAUCCGGACCAUCCCCUCUGAGUUCAUCUCUUUACUAUGGAGCGAAAGAGGAUAUGUAUGUUAAUUCUCCAGGUCCUCUUACCUCCGGACCAAAUACUGAUUACAAGAAAGAUGGUGGAGUAAAUGAUCCCAGUGGAAAUAAUUCAACUGGUGCUUCGAGGGGAAACUGGUGGCAAGGAUCGCUCUAUUAUUGACUUAGUCUUGAAGAUCCAUCGCAUGUGAAUCCCUGUCUGUUGUUAGGAAUCAUGCAGCUUGGAACAGUUUGAUUGAUGUAGCUUCGGGUUGUAACUUGCAGCCUUCUGUGGCAGAACUUGGAGUUUUUAUCAUGAGUUCUCCCGUUAUGUUUACCUUCCUGGAUUUGUGUGUCGAAACAUAUUGUUAGACUGAUAUGGUUCUUUUAAAAUCAUUGUUUAGCCAUAACUGGCGAGAACUUUUCAGAUCAUUUGUGAGCCUUAGUAAUAGGACACAUACUUGUAAUAAUUGAUGAUUGAUUUUCUGGAGUUUUAUGGAUAGUACUGAUAAA